CUAAAGUGCUCCCUGUUCACUGACGGUAGACAAGUGGUAUGAAGAUGGUAGACUAGAUGAAACGUAAGGGCGCCUAACCCCUUCCCUUUCAAGGCUCUCGAGCCCCAUGAUCUCUGCUUUCUUUCCCUUUCUCAGUUCGCCACUCGACUAAUCAAAACUUUCUGAGACUCCUUCCUUCUUUCUCUCUUUUCUACAUCUCACACAUCUUUCAUUCAUCCAUUCAUCCACUCAUUCAUUCCACUCUGUACGGAACGCUAUCGAGCUCUCAUAGUCUCGCAGCCACACACUCAAAGUCACCUGAUACACUCACCUUCACCACCAUCCCCCCUCUUCUACCUCUCACAGUCCUCACCACCCUUCCCCUCUACACACAUCACUCAACAUGUCCGCCGUUGAACAAGUAUCAAAGACCACCAACGUCGAGGACGCUCCCGCCGUCGCUCCUGUUGCUAUCGAAGCUCAGGAGCCGGUUGCCGCCCCCGAGGUCGUCGCCGCUGCGCCCGAGCCUGCCCCCGUCGUUGAAGCUGUGACACAACCCACCACCACACACGCCGAGAGCGAUACCCUGCACACUGGCUCUGAACCCGCGACUCAGCUUGACGGCACGCCCGCCAAGAUCGAGGAUUCCCCCAAGGUCGAAGAGUCAAAACCUGCCGAUGCCAAGACUGAGGAGACCAAGACUCCCACCAAGGAAAAGGUUGAGAAGACCAAAGCCGAGUCCAAAGGCUUCUUCGCUAAAAUCUUUGGCAGCAAGGACAAGUCUCCCAAGAAGGAGAAGAAGGUCAAGACCCCCAAGACCGAGAAAGCAGACCCUAUCAAGGAAGUAGCCACCACCAAUGAGGCCCCUGCCGAGUCUUCCACCGCUCCCGCCCCAGUCGGGAAGGACGCCGAGGAGAGCAACAAGGAGGUGACCGGUAUUGCUCUCGCAGAGGCCAGUGCUGCUGGGCCAUCAUCCGCUCCCCAGGCUUCCACUUCUGCUGCUCCUGCGAUCGUCGAGCCAGAGGCCGUGAAAGAGACCGAGACCACAGUGCCCGCCACGGAGACCGCUAUCGUCGCCCCGGCCGUGAAUGCCAAGCCAGAAGAAACAGCCCCUGUUGAGAAGCAGGAGGAGACUCCCAAACAAGUCAAGGCCAACCGACGGAUCUCCACCAGAUUCAUUCAGGGUCUCAAGAGCAUUGGCAAGAAGGACACCCCACCAGCAAAGGAGGAGAAGGUCGAGGUCAAGCCGGAGGAGGCCGCCACCACAACCGCUGUGGCUCCUGUAGCCGUUGCCACCGAGGCUCCUCAGUUGGAGAAGCCCGUCACCCCAGAGCCAAUCAAGAUGGACGAGUCCAAGACAGCGCCAACCUCUGCCGCUCCCGCUGUUGCCCCGACCGUCGCUACCGCUGCCUAAUCAUCCCCUCGCUAUGGGUGGAUGUUCACGACCGGCUAGUGUAUAAUGCUUAUUCUGUUCAUAACGAGCGCGAUUUUGUUGAAACGAUAUCCCCAGCUCCCCUAAUUGGUCUCGCCGAGAGGCUUUCGCCACCAUUGUGCUUGAAACUCUCUACUUCCUCCCCUGUUCGAAUCGUUUUUGCCGAUGAUUGCUUCUACUUAGAGUGUGACUUGCAACUUCUUUAUUUCCCUCUCACAUUACAUUUCGACCUCCGGGACGCAGUGUAUUCGCUCAGAAUCCAUACUUUAUGCGUUUCAUGCAACGAAGCAAGGUGUCCUGUCAGACUUGUUGA